GUGAAAUAUGCAAUUUAUUAACUAGCACACAGCUAUUUUCUCUAAAGUUAAUUGCAAUCAAAUUUAACAUCAAUCUGUGACGCUGGUAUAUAUACGUAUACAUAUAUACGUAUGUGAUUGUGUUGUGUUGUGUGUGUGUAUGUGUGCGUGCACUUUGUUUCCUGCUGCAUAAUUAGUUACCUUUUUUGUUUGGAUUAUUUGCUAGCUAACACUAAUAUUGCUCAGAAAUUAAGUCGCAAAGUGCUUCCCCUCUCAUAAGAAUCAGCGCCCUCAAUGAACCAACACGUGCUCCCAAUUCAAGUACUCUAAUUUGAAGAAAGAAUGCUACCGAGCCUGGACACCCUUAUGCGUUGCUCCAAGCGUGUGCUGCAGUCGCCGAUGGAGGCGGUCAAGAUGCACAGCAACGGCCAUAGCAAGGCGCCCGGCGGCGGCAUCUAUGGCCCCUUUACGCCGGCCAACGAUCUGAGCUGUUCCGGUCGCGGCGAUUGCGUCAAUAACACAUGCGUCUGUGACAUACGCUAUGCCGGCGAUGAGUGCGACUUCUUUAAUUUGCCCUACUAUGCGGGCAUAUCCACUGUCUUCUAUGUGGUGGCCCUCGUCUCGGUCAUCCAGCUGCUCAUUUGCAUUGUGGCCGAGUAUCAGCGGCUCAAACAGCCAUCGAUUCUGCGCGCCUGCCGCAUCACCACACAAAAGCUACUCUACUUUAUGGUAUUUGUUGCAUCCUCGCUGCGCGGCGCCUACUUCACCACACCUCUGGAUCUGCAGCCUCAGUGGGCCGUCACAUUGAUGUCCGCCUACUAUCCGCUGCUCAUGACCUGCGCUUCCCUCAUCGUCUGCAUGUGGGCCGAGAUAUUUCACCUGCGCGACAUACGCUGGGAGAGGUCGCAGUUCCUGUCGAAGAGCUUCCUGGGCUUUGUCGCGUUCAACUUCUUCCUGUACAGCCUGUUCGGCAUUGAGGUGUUCAGUUCGCUGAUCAACUCGGAGCGUCGUGAUUAUGCGCACAUCUUCAAUGGCUGUUAUGCUGUGCUCCUGCUGAUUGUCGUUAUCUUCUUUCUGAUUUAUGGCGUUGAGGUGUUCUUCAAGCUGCGUGGCGGUUUUGUCUACGAUCAGACGGGCAAAAUACUUGGACCCAGCGAGGCAAUCGUGAAUGCCUCGCAGCUGCAUCAGUCGCGCUUCGGUUUGCUCAGCCAGGGCAUAAUGCUAAUUGUGAUUGUCGGUUUUCUCACCUCCGAAACGCUUGGUGACUUCUGGAAGGCCAAAGUGCCUGUCAAUUCGCGCAACUGGUAUGACAUAAUCUUUCGUAUUGCCGAAAUAGGCGUUGCCUUGUGGUUUCCGUGCUGUCUGUGGAACUGUAUGGCACCGGAACAGCUUUGGAUACUGAACCCACGCAAGCUGCUGUCGCGUCAAAUCGAUCCAUCGAUACCGACCCUCAAUGCGGACAGCAAUAAGCUAUCGCCCGAGGAGGGCCAGACGUUCUUGACCAAAAAGGAUUGCUGGAUAUGCUAUGACAGCGAUAAGCCCGAGCCGCUCAUCCAGCCCUGUCGAUGCACUGGCGACGUCAGCUCCGUGCAUCACGAGUGCCUUAAACGCUGGUUAGUCGAGAGCUGCAGCAGCAACAACGAGGCUCAGCUGGCGUGCAAGGUUUGCUCGCAUCCAUACGAAAUUGAGAAAUCCAAAAAACUCGAGUGGGACAAAGGCUUUACCAUUCAGCACUGGAUGAAGACCGUCAUAUUGAUCACGCUAAUGUGUGUGACCGGAGCCACAGCCUGGGCCAUUAUACAAAUGUACGUGGAUCCGUUGGUGCGCGUCCUGACCGUUGGCGUCGCAGUACUGAUUGGCUAUGUGUGCGUCAAGUGUCUGGGCGAGAAUACUGUGGUGGCGUAUCAGCGUGCCAAAGUCAGCUCCAUUAAUAUUGUGACCAGCUCCGAAAUGGAGAAGCUGCAUACCAUAUGCGAGGAUGUCAGUGCUAGCACCUCCGCGGCAGCAGCUGUGCAGGCCGCCUCCUAAAACAAUAAGCACUUGAAGUCUAUGCCAUAAGGAAACAUCACACCCAUACACAGUUGCAUACAAAUCCGUAAGAUAUAUAUAUGCAGACAGACGACAGACACUAUACAUACGAUUUAGUUUAGAUUAGCGCCCGUUUAGCACACAUAUUUUGCUCAAUAUCCCCCCCUAAAAUUCUUCUUCCCCGCAAACUGUGUACAUAGGUUUUAAGUCAUUUUAGUGUUUAGGAAAAACGGUUCGAAAAAAAAAACGAGUCAAUUUUGUCUCUCAAAGUAGCACGCAUUAUUCCAAGCGGUACAUGUAUUAAAACGAAAACGGAAGAAAGAGAAAAGCAAAAGCAAAAGCAAAGCCAAAUAUUAUAUAAUUUAUGUACCACACAUAUAAGCCAGUAUCAAUUAUACACAAAUUAUCGAGAACGUCUUGAGAUUAUGAUUAUGAUGAGAACACGUUGCCAAGUAGCUGGAGAAGUUUUUAAAAUUAAAUACGCGUAGGUAACAACGGCACCAGUCAAUGUCAGUCUAGCUGAGCAUGUUUGUAGUUUUUAGAGUACACGUUAAGUUCUUAAACACGGCACAGCUAAGUUUAUUUGGCGAAUAUUAAUUUAGGAACACACACACACACACACAUUUAUAUACAAAAAUACUUGUAUUCAUUAUUUUUUUUUUAAUUUGUAUUCAACGCGAAUACAGUUCGCAAUACACCUUAAGCUUAUACUUAACAAAUCUAAUUUAUAAACCAUUUA